CCCACUGUGCAUUUGUCAGACCUAUGUGUUAGUUCCUAACAGAGGACUGUAUCAUUUAGCAAACCAGUUGUCCCAUUGCCAGUCCUAUUUCUGCGAGUGCUGGUCAGGUUUAUGAAAUGUUUUGGUCCUAACCUGAUGAACUUUGAUUUUCACACAAAUUGAGCAGGGAGAGGAUAGAAGGACUUGGUGGGAUGCUGUGUCUCGGUUCAGAUGGUGCCAUGGAAUGAUUAUGUGCACAGCUGGAGGAUUAACAUAUCUAGCUUUGUUAGAUCUCCUCCUGCUUUGGUUUUGCCCUUUCCCCCUGUGUUUAUUUGUCUCAUGGUUUAUGAGUAUCACAGGAGCCAGCCAAGAACAGUCAGGGUGUGCAGCUUCCUGGAUGAAAUCAGACAGGGGCACAAAAAGAAAAAAAUAGGCCAAGGAGAAGGAGGAGUACAAAUAAUGGAUGGGAAAGUAAUGAAGGUCAGCCAGAUGUUGAUGUAAAAGCUGUCUUUUAUUUUGUGCACAACUGAAAGCAUAGCCAUCCCUACAGUCCUAAUAUUAACAAUUUACAAAUUACAGCAGUGAUUGUAUUUAGAUGUCAUACAGAAGGUAAAUGAUGGGAAUGGGUUGUCAACACACAUAAGAAAACAAGUCUGAAAAUCUCUAGCACUUUCUUUAAAUAUAAUAGUUCCUGACAAUUAAAUAUCCCAUUGGUUGGUAUCUAAAUAUUUAUCUUCAGUGAAAUUACAAAUCCAAAGUCAGAGAAAAUGAACACUCUCUUGUUCUCUGUUGUAAAGAUUUAAUUAUGUUCUACUUUUUUAAAAGUGCUUGGUUCCUGGAUCUAUUCUGUUGUAUUUUUCUGGGUAAUUUUGAAAAAAAAGAAAGAUAAAAGAGUCUGCCAUUGAUGGCAAGCAGGGACAAAUGCACUGUUACUAGACUGCGAUUUUGGAGGUUGUUUGCCGUGCUAAGUCCAUAAUGUAAGAUAAAUAAAGAGAUCAUAAUGUAAAAUAAUGUUUUUAGCCUUUUGGAUUAAAACAUUCAGCAAUGGGUCUUCCUAGCAACAAUGCCCCACCUAACACAGAGCGUUAUUUUCUUGUAAGGAUCCUGCAGUCUUACAUGAAUUUUCUAGGUCAGUCAUUGGCAGCAGCAAAACUAAUUUAUUCUAGAUGAAAAUCAGGCCCACUAUAAUUAGCAAUACCAUGAUAUUUGUCCGAAAAAUCAAGAAACAGUGGCAUUUGCUAGAAAGAUUAUGUGUCUUCUGGAAAAGUCACUCCACUUAAUUCAAAAUUUAGGUACCUGGGGUUAAGCAGAUUGUCCAGUAAAUUUGUCACAACUGCUUAUACAGUCUAAGGAGAGCAGCAGUUGCUUACUGAAGAUUUGAGGAGGAAGAUCUGUUCCCCCUCUUCAUCCAUCCAUCCAUCUAUCCACCCACCCAAGGAUGAUUCAGUCUGCCUCAUCCAAGUAAAUACCUCUUCCACUGGGAUUAUAGAGGAACAAUAGGAAAUAAAUGCUGGCAGCUCCAUCCAUGCAGUUGGGUUUUGCUCAUUAGAAGAUGGAUGUGACUUAUCUUUCUCUUGCAUAAUAGCCCAAGAAUUAGAGCACUCCCCUCAGAGAGAGGCAGUCCUGGGCUCUGCUUGUUCUGAGUGCGUUGAGCUCACAUCUCCUGCAUUUAACUCAAGAGAUAAAUUCUUCCCUUUGCAGGAUGACCAUCCAAAUUGAAGCAAAGGAAGCGUGUGACUGGUUACGUGCAGCUGGAUUUCCCCAAUAUGCUCAGUUCUAUGAGGACUCCCAGUUUCCCAUUGACAUUGCUGCAGUAAAGAAAGAUCAUGAUUUUCUUGACAAGGACCUUGUAGAACCUCUUUGCAGACGACUGAACACACUGAACAAGUGCGCCUCAAUGAAACUCGAUGUGAACUUCCAAAGAAAAAAGAGUGAAGAUUCAGAUGAAGAAGAUCUCUGUGCUAUCAGUAAUAAAUGGACUUUCCAAAGAACCAGCAAACGAUGGUCUCGGGUGGACGACAUUGACACUCUGCUUCACCGAUCUGACAGACAUGGCUCUUCUGGGGACAUUAAAAUGAAAAACACGACAAGCAGUGAGAGCGUCCUUACAGAUCUGAGUGAACCUGAGCUCUCAUCAAUUCACAGCGAGAGCAGUGGGGGCAGUGACAGCAGGAGCCAAUCUGGCACCACCAGCACUGCCAGGGAGGCCUGCGACUGCUCUGCCCAUCAUGAUGUGGAAAGCACCCUGCUGCAGGACUCUGCUACAAUAAACACCGCCCCAUCCCCCAAGGACGGCCUGAAGAAUGAAAAUCCAACACGAGCCAGAGCAAAAACCUUUCUAAAACGCAUGGAGACACUAAAAGCAAAAGCCGUGCAUGGAAAACUGAAAGGCUCGGGAAGAACAGGUCCUUUAGAGAUCAGUGGACCGGUUCUCCAGUUUGAGCCAAAAUCCUUGAAAGACAUGCACUGUGUGCAGAUAGUCAAUGGCGAUCUUCAAAAUUUGGGGCAAGAUUCAGUCAAAAGAGGGCUUCCCUUUUCUGCCAAAUCCAGCAGUGACAGCAGUCAGUCCGAAAACAGCAGCAGUGGAGUGAGCACGCCAUGUCUAAAGGAACGCAAGUGCCACGAAGCAAACAAGAGAGGUGGGAUGUACCUGGAGGACCUGGAUGUUCUGGCAGGAACAGCCUUACGGCAGGUGGUGGACCAAAACCGCAAAAAUGAAUUUCAUUCCCAGGAGAACUUGGUUGUGCACAUUCCCAAGGAUCACAAACCGGGGACCUUCCCAAAGGCACUUUCUAUCGAAAGUCUCUCACCUACAGACAACAGUAACAGUGUAAACUGGAGGACGGGCAGCAUCUCUUUGGGAAAGCAGAACUGCUCUACUCCAAAGGAAUCCGGACUGAUGGCUUGCUGUCCUAAAGAGAGCAGAAUUAGUAUUUAUGACAAUGUGCCAGGUUCCCACUUGUAUGCUAGUACUGGGGACCUCCUGGACAUAGAGAAAGAUGUCCUUUUUCCUCAGUUAGAUGACAUUUUGCAACAUGUCAAUGGACUGCAGGAGGUGGUAGACGGCUGGUCAAAGAAGGUGUUGCCAGGUCUGCCGGUUGGCGACGUGUCGGUCAGUGAAUCCCCAUCAUUGCCUUUCCAGUCGCCUACACAGAUCACUCUCGAUUUUGAAGGAAACUCUGUGUCCGAUGGCCGGACCACCCCGAGUGACAUGGACAGAGAUGGAACAUCCCUGAAUGAAUCCGAAGCCACUGGUGUUAGGGACAGGAGGGACUCUGGGGUGGGAGCAUCACUCACAAGGCCAAGCAGGCAAUUACGAUGGCAAAGUUUCCAAAUCUCUCAUCGCCUGAGCCGCUCCAUUGCGUCGCUUCACAUCAGCAACCAGUCAGCAGCCCAGCUGAAUCUACUGCAAAAAUUCUCUCUGCUUCGUCUCACUGCCAUCAUGGAAAAGUACUCCAUGUCAAACAAACAUGGCUGGACCUGGUCUGUGCCAAAGUUCAUGAAGAGGAUGAAAGUCCCUGACUACAAGGACAAGAAUGUCUUUGGUGUGCCCCUGAUAGUUCACGUUCAGAGAACAGGGCAGCCUCUUCCCCAGAGCAUCCAACAAGCCCUGCGCUACCUACGGAGCAACUGUCUAGACCAGGUGGGUCUGUUUCGGAAAUCUGGAGUGAAAUCCCGAAUCCAGGCCCUGCGACAGAUGAACGAGAGCUCCCCAGAAAACGUCAGCUAUGAAGACCAGUCCGCAUAUGAUGUGGCUGACAUGGUCAAGCAAUUCUUCAGAGACUUGCCAGAACCUCUCCUCACAAGUAAACUAGGAGAGACUUUUCUGCACAUCUAUCAAUACGUGCCCAAGGAGCAGCGGCUGCAGGCGGUGCAGGCAGCAAUCAUGCUCAUGGCCGACGAGAACAGGGAGGUUCUGCAGACUCUGCUCUGCUUCCUCAGCGACGUCACCUCUGUGGAGGAAAAUCAGAUGACUCCCAUGAACAUCGCUGUUUGUCUGGCCCCUUCCCUCUUCCAUCUCAAUAUAGUGAAGAAAGAAAGCUCACCAAGAGUAAUACAGAAAAAAUAUGCAACAGGGAAGCCAGAUCAGAAGGACCUCAGUGAAAACCUGGCAGCUACUCAGGGACUUGCUCACAUGAUAAUGGAAUGCAACAAACUUUUUGAGGUCCCACACGAGAUGAUCACCCAAUCCCGAAACUCCUAUGUCGAUGCAGAAGUGCAUUCUCCUACCCUGGACGAGCUUGGGAAACAAGUGGAUGAGGAAGGAGGGAAUUAUCAGAUGUACCUGGAAACUCUCAUGCAGAAUCUCCAGAAAGAAGCAAAAGAGAAAUUCAAAGGAUGGGUCACAUGUUCCAGUGUAGAGAACACAGAACUUGCCUACAAAAAGGUUGGGGAUGGGAACCCGCUAAGGCUUUGGAAAGCCUCAGUUGAAGUUGAAGCCCCUCCAUCAGUUGUCCUGAACCGGGUGCUGAGAGAACGUCACCUUUGGGACGAGGACUUCUUGCAGUGGAAGGUGGUGGAGAGCCUGGACAAGCAGACAGAAGUUUACCAGUAUGUUUUGAACACCAUGGCUCCUCACCCCGUCCGAGACUUUGUUGUUCUCAGGACGUGGAGGACGGAUUUGCCCAAGGGGAUGUGCAUGCUGGUUGCCAUCUCUGUGGAGCAUGAAGAGGCUCCUCUCAUGGGAGCUGUGCGAGCCAUCGUGAUGGACUCCCAGUACUUGAUAGAGCCCUGCGGCUCGGGGAAAGCCAGGCUGACCCACAUCUGCAGGAUUGACCUAAAAGGACAUUCCCCAGAGUGGUACAACAAAGGUUUUGGACAUCUGUGUGCAGCAGAAGUUGCCAGGAUCAGAAACUCAUUUCAACCUCUGAUUGCUGAGGGACCAGAAACAAAAAUCUGAUUAAGUGUUCCUGGGAGCAUGUGAGCAUAAAUCAGGGUCUGGCAGAGAACAGGAAUACUGAAAGCAAAGGUCUGAUUUAAGCUGCAGAAAUCUGACCAGACCUGGGUUACAAAGCUGAAAAAGUAAUUUUAUAGGAAAGUUCUUUUAUUCUGGAGACUUCACCUUCCCCCCCUCCCCCACAUCAACUCUGUAUUAAUUUUGAUCAUUGAACUAAACAUUUCUUCAGAGAGCUUUUAUUACUUUAAAAACAGAUUAUUGCCAUUACUUGUAUGUUACAUAACUCUGGUAUUUAAAGGCUUCUAAGAAGCAUAUUUUAAUUGUAAAUAAAUAAUGUACAGUAUGUAUAUAUUUAUCUAUAUUCUAUCUAUCUAUAUAUAUGUAUAUGUAUAAAUUAAUUAUUUUGUAUAUAACUCAGUGCAAAUCACUUGCAUCAGUUGGAACUUAAGUGGACUUGUCACUUAUUUCUUAGUGUGUCACUGCUACAUAAGCUGUGUUUGCUGUUAUCAGAGCUACCAGGCCUAAUUUGUGUGAUAAAAAAUGCCUGUUCCCAAAUAUGUUUUGUGUUUGUGUGUGCUAUGAGAAGGUACCUAUAAAUAGAUGUAGGAAGAAUUACAGGACCUAAGGAAGAAGGAGGUUACAGUGCACUUAAAAAUAAUGAGGAGGGAAUAAGUCUCACCAAAUAAAAUACAUGGAGAUGCAUCUGAGUCAUUGUGGAGGCCAUUUAUGUUCAGCUGCAGAAUUGUGACUUUUAGUAGAAGGUGUUGAAAACUUACCUGUUGCCUUAAAUGACUGGUGUCUGUCAGUAGAGAACCUCACUGUGUGCAGUGUUCCAGGUAACAGCUCGUCCUUGGACAGCACAAAGUAAUGCUGUGUGUCCCAAGAUGGCUGAAUUCAGACUGGUAACUUAUUAAGCUGUAAAUUAAUUAUUUUUUGUAAGCAUUUUUUCUAGGUUCCAAGUGUUUCUGUGUUCUUUCCUUCUCCCGUAGAGAUGGCUAAUCCAAAGCAGGUUUUCCACAUCCAGUGGAAACAAAGACAAGUAGAUGAACACCAUGCCUUUUAAUAUUCUUACUAUACAAAUAACUAUGCUUUUUUAAAAUUUUUAACACAUCUUGGAGAUUUAAAAGACUAAAUAAAUGCUAUUCUUGGAAAGAUUGCUUUUAUAGUAACAGCAAGCAUUUUCAUCUUAUAUUGCACUGUUCUGCAUGAUUCCACCUCUGUAGGCAUUGAUGGGAACAGGAUUAGGACUGUGAGGAGUAGGAGCCAUUUAAGCCUAAUAUACAAUUUCACUUUCAGGGACCUAUUAUUUUGCUAAUGGAAGAAUACUUUAAAAGUAAUAAUAAUAAUUUGUCAACAUUGCCUUUGUGGCAGGGUUCCAUUUUGUUUUUAACUAACCUACGACCAAAAUGUUAUUACAUCUAUGACUCAGUAACAAUGUACAAGCAUGAUAAUACUGUUCUUCAUUAAUUGUAUUUGUUCACUUAGAAUUCAUUUAUUGCUGCAUAAACCAGCAAAAUCACUCACAGCCGGUGUUUCAGCUCAGUCCUUCCAACAAAAUCCAGAAAGAUUAGUAUGAGGUUGAUUAAGCAGGAUGCAUUUCCUAUCUGAAGCUACAGCUUUGUGCCCUGAUUCAAUGAAUCAGGAAGUCCCUUCAAAGCCAGAGAUUUGUACAUUCCCCAGGUGUGGGAGCUGUGCCAUUGUGUUUGGUGACAGCUGCUAGAGCAUGAUCCCACGUGCCAUCCUGCACGUGCAUGCUGGCAGGGGACAGCCCUGCGAGCUGAGGCAGCACACCUGUGGGAGCUCAGGGUGGACAAGGUGACCCAAGGUGACCCACAGUGCUCCAGCAUAUUCUUGUGAAGGAGCAGGACUCCAAAAAAGUCACUGUCAUCUUCACCCAUGAGCUGUGUCACUCAUGUUUUGUUGUGCAAGUCCUAGGAUCAGGGAUGUUGGCUGCCUGGGAGCUCCUGCCUCGAGUUUAUGGCCAACAAUAGUUGCAAUGUGCAACUUUCACGAGCUUUAAGUCCUGCAGACAGGGGAGCACUCACAGGAUCCUUAUGUGGCUAUGGUGGGGUCUGGCAGUCACCCGCUGGCUGCAGGGCAUCACCACUGCCCAGGCUCAGCCUUCCCAGGAGCAAACAGUGCCUCCCCAGCUGGGAAUGCCAUUCCAGAAAGCAGCACCUUCUCCCAAAUGCCUGUGGCCAUGGCAGCAGAUUUCAUGCCGGCUGUUUUCCAAAACAUGAGCAAUUAGAGUACUUCUGCUACAUUAGUUUACAUAAAUACAGCGGCGCCUCAGCAUUAACAGGCACAGAAUUUCUAGCCCUGGGAAUGGCAGUGUCUGGCAAUAAAUAAUGAAUUAAGGAAAAUAAGGGAAAACCUGGACAGUGAUUUGUUUUAUCCUGUCUCACAAGUCAUUGCUCAGCUGGAAAAGGCCCUGUGCCCAUCUGCCACCCUUAGCAAGAUAGGGUUGUUUUCCCUGCAGAAGCUCUGUCAUGAGCUUUUGGCAUCUCCAAGCCAUGUAUUGUUGAAAUAAGAUUUCUUCAAAAUGCACAUUAUGCCAUGUCUACCAUUCAACUACCACAGUAUUUUGUAUUGUUACAUUGAUACAUUAUGAUAAUUACAUUUUUAAAUGUUAUAUCAAUACCUCAUAUUUUUACCUCAUCAGUUGGUAUCAGUCAUUAGUUGUAAAUAAAUAAUUUCAGAGUUGAAUAAAUUUGCAUACACUAAAGAA